AGCUCCCCCGCCCCGCCCGCCAGCCCGCGCGCCCCACCCUGGGAUGCCACGCUCCCUCCACCGCCCGCGCUCCCAGGCGGGUGGCCCGGGCCCUGGGACUGCCAUCGCCCAGACUGGGUCGGGGGCGCCUUACCUCGUGGGGACGCCCGCCGCCCCGGGAGCCACCUCUGCGCCUGCCCGCGCGGCGCGCACCUCCCGCCGCGCCCAAUUCCGCGGGCGACUCGGCUGCCUCUUCCCCACGCUCUCACCGCCGGGUCCGGCGGCUGCCGGAUUGGAGACGCGUUGAGAAGGGGAAAGAGGCGAGACGGCAGCGGCCGGGAGCCGGAGCGAGCGGGGCCGCGCGAGUGCAGACGCCCGGCGCGCCUCCCGCUUAAUCUGAGCAGGGCCGCUGGCCACUCCCUCCACCGUGCUCCGCCGCCUCCACAUCGCUCACCCCCCAAAUUCCCCACCUCCGACUCGCAGCCCCUUGCCCCGCCUCGGCCCCUGACCCUUGGGAGCAUCACCUCCUUACCCCCUUACCCUGGCCCCGCGCCCACCUGCCCCGCAGGCGCGCAGCCCUUUCUCGCCUCCUGGCACGCUUCCUGGGUCGGAGGGACAUCUCCCGGGCACGCGGCGGCCCGAGAGCCUGCGGGUCCCUGGACACGCCGGGACUCCGAGCGGACGCCCACUAUGCGCGCUGGGACGGCGCCGAGGCCGCCGGCGCUGCUACUUCUGCUGCAGCUGGUGCUCCUGGUGGCCGCGCCCACUGCCGGCAAGGGCUGUGUCUGUACAGACAAAGGCCAGUGCUUCUGUGAUGGGGCCAAAGGGGAGAAGGGGGAGAAAGGCUUUCCAGGACCCCCUGGGCCUCCCGGCCAGAAAGGAUACCCAGGUCCGGAAGGCCUGCCUGGACCACAGGGACCCAAGGGCUCUCCAGGACUUCCAGGACUCACUGGUCCCAAAGGCGUGAGGGGAACAACUGGGUUACCAGGAUUUUCAGGUCCUCCUGGACUUCCAGGCAUCCCAGGCCAUCCUGGACCGUAUGGACCUGUCGGUUUGCCAGGAUGCAACGGUUCUAAGGGUGAGCAAGGGUUUCCAGGACUUCGGGGGACACCAGGCUACCCAGGCAUCCCAGGUGCCGUUGGUUUGAAAGGAGAGAAAGGGGCUCCCGCUGAAGGAGAAGGUGUAGCCCUUGAUGGAAAAGGUGACCCUGGGUUGCCAGGAGCUCCAGGAUUCCAGGGUUUGCCGGGCCUUCCAGGUUUUCCUGGACCUAUUGGUCCACCUGGCCCUCCAGGAUUCUUUGGCUUUCCAGGAACCAUGGGACCUCCAGGACCUAAGGGUCACAUGGGCGAUAAAGUGAUAGGACAAAAAGGAGAGCGGGGUAUGAAAGGAUUAACAGGACCGCCCGGACCACCAGGAACAGUUAUCGUGACACUAACCGGCCUGGUUAACAGAACGGACCUCAAGGGGGAGAAGGGAGACCAGGGAGCCGUGGGCCAGUCUGGACGCCCUGGACCCUCAGGGCCACCUGGAGAAUCUUACAGAUCAGAAAGAGGUGCUCCUGGAGAACCAGGCCCACAGGGAAAGCCUGGAAAAGAUGGUGCCCCCGGUUUCCCUGGCACUGAGGGGUGGAAAGGAGACAUGGGCCCUCCAGGAUUUCGUGGUCCAACAGAAUAUUAUGAUGCAUACCAGGAAAAGGGAGAUGAAGGAAUUCCAGGCCCACCAGGGCCCAAGGGAGCUCCUGGCCCACAGGGUCCCAGUGGUCCCCCCGGAGUCCCUGGAAGUCCUGGGUCAUCAAGGCCUGGCCUCCAAGGACCCCCUGGAGUACCAGGAGUAAAAGGAAGUAAAGGGGAGCGAGGACCCCCAGGAAAGAACGCAACGGGUCUUCCCGGGUCCCCUGGCUGUCCUGGUUCACCAGGCCCUACAGGGUUGCCAGGACCUCCAGGACCACCAGGUGGUAUUGUUUUUCGCAGAGGUCCACCUGGAGACGGUGGACUUCCAGGCCAUACAGGGUCUCCAGGAAUCCCAGGAGUCGAUGGGCCCAAAGGGGAGCCAGGCCUUUUGUGCACACAGUGUCCUUGUGUCCCGGGGCCUCCAGGCCCCCCAGGAUUGCCGGGGUUAGAUGGCGUAAAAGGAUUCCCAGGAAGACAAGGGGCAGCUGGCAUUAAAGGAAUCCCAGGGUCCCCAGGAAGCGCUGGUCUUCCAGGAUUUCCAGGAUUCCCGGGUGCUCAGGGUCACCCAGGACUUAAAGGAGAAAAAGGUGAAGCAUCUCAGCCAGAGAGACAAGUGGGUGCCCCAGGGGAUCCAGGGCUCCGAGGACAUCCUGGAAGAAAGGGCUUGGAUGGAAUUCCUGGAACUCCGGGAGUAAAAGGAUUACCAGGACCUAAGGGAGAACCGGCCCUGAGUGGGGAGAAGGGGGACCAGGGUCUUCCAGGGGAUCCUGGCAUCCCUGGGUCCCCAGGACCUGCAGGACCGGCUGGACCAUCCGACUAUGGACCUUGGGGAGAGCCUGGUCCAAAGGGCACCCAAGGACUUCCUGGAGCCCCUGGACCACCUGGAGAAGCCGGUCCUAAGGGAGAAAUCGGUGUUUUGACACCAGUUCCAGGGCCCCCAGGACCUCCUGGGCCCCCAGGCCGUGCUGGCCCCCAAGGUCCACCUGGUAUCCCUGGAUCCACAGGAAAAUGUGAUCUGGGUCUUCCUGGGCCUGAUGGUGAACCAGGAAUUCCAGGAAUCGGAUUCCCUGGGCCUCCUGGACCUAAGGGAGACCAAGGUUUUCCAGGAACAAAAGGAUCACCAGGCUGUCCUGGAGAAAUGGGAAAGCCAGGGUUACCUGGAAAGCCAGGCCUCCCAGGAGUCAAGGGAGAACCAGGACUAGCCAUGCCUGGAGAACCAGGAGCACCAGGUUUGCCAGGAGAAAGAGGCAACUCUGGGGAAAAUGGAGAAAUCGGACUCCCUGGACUUCCAGGUCUCCCUGGAAUUCCAGGAACUGGAGGGUUUGAUGGACCACGAGGGGAUCCAGGGCAACCUGGACCACCGGGAGAAAGAGGCCCCCCAGGAAGGUGCAAAGAAAGUCUCAGUGGAGCUCAAGGACUUCCAGGCUUAAAUGGAUUGAAAGGGCAACAAGGCAGAAGAGGUGAAACGGGGCCAAAGGGAGACCCAGGUAUUCCAGGCUUGGAUAGGUCAGGAUUUCCUGGAGAACCUGGACCACCAGGAAUGCCGGGUCAUCGAGGGGAGAUGGGACCACCUGGUACGAAAGGAUAUCCAGGAAAUCCAGGAUUUUUAGGGCCACCAGGUGAAAAAGGAAUGAUUGGGAUGAUGGGGUUUCCCGGAAACAUUGGCCCUCCAGGGCCUCCUGGGAACCCAGGCACCCUGGGACAGAGGGGGAGCUUUGGAAUUCCAGGAGUAAAAGGCGAGAGAGGAUCCCCAGGUGCCAAAGGGGAACAAGGAGAUAAAGGAACUCCAGGGCCUCCUGGAAUAUUCCGCUUAGUCGGGGACAAAGGGGAACCAGGACUCAAAGGACUUGCAGGGAAGCCUGGUGAGAAAGGAAACAGAGGCAUUCCAGGGUUACCAGGUUUCAAAGGACUCCAAGGGCCACCUGGACCACCAGGAUCACCAGACCCCAGAGGAGAUCCAGGCAGCAUUGGGAAUCCUGGUGAGCCAGGACCACGUGGUGUGCCAGGAAGCAUGGGAAACAUGGGUGUGCCAGGUACUAAAGGAAUGAAGGGAACUAUGGGAUUCCCAGGUCUAGCUGGAAGACCAGGCCUCCCAGGUACUCAUGGUCUCCAAGGAGAUAAAGGAGAGCCAGGUUAUUCAGAAGGUACAAGGCCAGGACCACCAGGACCAAAGGGAGAUCCAGGAUUGCCAGGUGACAUGGGAAAGAAAGGUGAUAGAGGGCCACCUGGCACACCUGGACGUUCGGGCCCUGCUGCACCAGAGGGAGUUCCUGGGAAUCCCGGAAGCCCUGGCCACCCAGGAAAGCCCGGUCCUGAUGGUGAUUUGGGGUCUAAAGGAAUCAAAGGUUUCCCUGGCUCUCCAGGAAUAAAAGGCCCUCCAGGCCCUCCAGGAUUCCCAGGAAAUCCUGGACCAGCGGGUGAGAGAGGUAAUCAAGGACGUGAUGGAAUUCCUGGUCCAGCUGGAGAAAAAGGAGAAACAGGUUUGGUGGGAGCACUUCCAGGCCCAAGAGGGAAACCUGGUCCUCAAGGAGCCAAAGGAGACAGGGGAGCCCCAGGCUUGCCGGGCCUCCCUGGCAGGAAAGGGCCAGUGGGAGAUGCUGGGCCUCGAGGGCCCAUUGGCAUGACAGGACCUCAAGGGCCACCAGGCUUUCCUGGUUCAAUCAUCCCUGGCCAAAAAGGAGAUCGAGGUCCACCUGGCAGAAGAGGAAACCCAGGUGAGCCUGGUCCCCCUGGACCUCAAGGGAGUCCCGUAGAAAGCAUAAAAGGAGACAAGGGAUUUAUGGGCCAGCCUGGCCCAAGAGGUCCGCCUGGAACUGUAGGAGACAUGGGGCCACCGGGUCAUCCGGGAGCACCAGGUGCCCCAGGUCUGCCAGGGGUCAGAGGUGAUCCUGGAUUCUAUGGAUUUCCAGGCAUGAAAGGGGAGAAGGGUAAUUCAGGAUUUCUGGGACCAAGUGGACCUCCAGGGAGAAUUGGGCCAAAAGGACCACCUGGUGUACGUGGAGACCCUGGCACAGUGAAGAUCAUCUCCCUUCCAGGAAGCCCAGGCCCACCUGGCCCAGCUGGAGAACCAGGGAUGCAAGGAGAACCUGGGCCCCUGGGGCUACCGGGAAACUCAGGACCCUGUGGGCCAAGAGGUAAAUCAGGCAAGGAUGGACUACCAGGAACCCCUGGACCAAUUGGAGAAAAAGGCAACAAAGGUUGUAAAGGAGAGCAAGGACCGCCUGGAUCCGAUGGCCUGCCAGGCUUGAAGGGGAGACCUGGAGACACUGGACCACCUGCAAGGGGGACAACGAUGAGGGGCUUUGUCUUCACCCGGCACAGCCAGACCACGGCAGUUCCCUCCUGUCCAGAAGGGACAGAACCACUCUAUAGUGGGUUUUCUCUUCUCUUUGUACAAGGAAAUGAACAAUCCCAUGGACAGGACCUGGGAACUCUCGGCAGCUGCCUGCAGAGAUUUACUACAAUGCCAUUCUUAUUCUGCAAUAUCAAUGAUGUAUGUAAUUUCGCAUCUCGAAACGAUUAUUCAUACUGGCUGUCAACACCAGCUCUGAUGCCAGUGGACAUGGCUCCAAUUACUGGCCGGGCCCUGGAGCCUUAUAUUAGCAGAUGCUCCGUCUGUGAAGGUCCUGCCAUUGCCAUAGCUGUUCACAGCCAAACUACUGAUAUCCCCUCCUGUCCUCCUGGCUGGAUUUCUCUCUGGAAAGGAUUUUCUUUCAUCAUGUUCACAAGUGCAGGUUCAGAGGGCGCUGGGCAGGCACUGGCAUCCCCCGGCUCCUGCUUAGAAGAAUUCCGAGCCAGUCCGUUUAUAGAAUGUCAUGGAAGAGGAACAUGCAACUACUAUUCAAAUUCCUACAGUUUCUGGUUGGCUUCGUUAGACCCCAAAAGAAUGUUCAGAAAACCUAUUCCAUCAACUGUGAAAGCUGGGGAGUUAGAAAAGAUAAUAAGUCGCUGUCAGGUGUGCAUGAAGAGGAGACAUUGAAGAAAUAAAGAAAAAAUAGAACUGUGACUUUUCAUCCUAAAUAACCAAGUAAUGAUAAAGAACAUGCAUUUAUUUAAGUAUUUUUCUCUAAUGGAACAAUAUCGCCCUAUGAUGGCUUAGUACAAAGUUUCUAUUUGUUUCCCCACACAACAAAGCAUUCUUUUAAGUUAGUUCUGUGAUACUGCUCUCUAAAUCUGUACUGUGUCAAAGUUCCCUAACUCAAGGCAGUAGGCUUUUCACAAAAUAUCACUGAAAUUGUAUUCCAUUUGUAACCAAUGCACUAAGUAAAUGGUGACUGUAUAAAGUUUGACGCUACAAGUUAAGAGCUAUUUGGUCUACUGGAGUCCCAGGAUUUGCCCCCCUUCUAUUCCAGUCUUUGAGACUCAGGGAGGCUAAAUCUGUUUUAGAUUGCCCAACCACCCGCUUCCUAAAGCUUUAGACCCUGGGUAGGCAAGGGGAUAGAGACAAGUGGAAUACUAGAGCAUCAUGAAUAAACUGGACUUUCAAACCUGGUGAGUAACCUAAGGCCUAAGGGAACCAGAAUUGAACUGAGGUUCAUGGAUUUUUCUAGUGCUUUUUCAAACAUACCCAAGACUAUGGCCAAAAGGGGGUUGCUCUGAAUGGAAUCAUAAUAGCCUUGGAAAUACUGUCUGGUUUUGGUUUACAUUUUUUAAAAGAUAUUUUUGUUUGUCCAUUGAAUUCAUUUCACUGCAGCAAUAUAGCUUGCUUAUAUUCAAAUAGAUACAAUUUUUACCCUAGUGAAUUAAUUACACCCACACAAAUAACAAGGACAUUACUUCCUAGAUGUGCACUUUAUCCCCAUCCCUAUAAAUCUUGGUGCAUACCUUAUAAAAUAGUAGUUCAGCAAUCCAUGGAAGAACUUAAGCCAUUUGUUGGCUAAUCAGGCUCAGAAUAUUUUUCCUUUGCUCUAAAUAUUCCAUUUAAACUGGGUGUUCAGAGAUUUAUUCCCUUGUUAACUAUCUAAUUCUUCUUUUGUAAAAACAUGUUUUUGAUAUUACAUAUUCUUACAAACCAUUGAGAGAGUCCAUUGCGUAAAAAUCUUAAUGUACGAAUUGUAUAGUUUGGCAGUUGUAUGUCAAAUAUGCUUCCUGAUCCACCUAGGUGGAGUUGGUGGUGCUGAUAUUUAAAUUCAGGUUAUUGCUUCAACCUCAGUUGCUCUGUAAGUGAAGAUGUGACCCCAGAGGACAGCCCAGACUGUGACCUUGGUUGGCAUCCUUCACUGCUCAUGUGACUACUGUCAAGCCAUUUUUACAUUUAAACUGAGAAGUGCAUUUUACUUAGAUUAUUUACUUAGACUCAUUUUUUUUUUUAGACUCAUCUUCUAGUAAGACUUUUUUUGCUCUAAAAAUAUCCUACUCUCUUAAUUGUACUAUCACGGCAUAGGGCUAGCUGAUCUCCACAAACCCUGUGUAGGUCAGCAAUUCUCAAAGUGUGGUCUCUAGACCAGCAGCAUUAGCAGCAUCUGGGUACUUGCCAUAAGUGCAAAUUCUAGGGCUCACCCUAGACCUUUAGAAUCAGAAACUCUGGGGGUAAGGCCCAGAAAUCUGUGUUUUAACAAACCCUCCAGGUGAUUUCUGAUUGGGAAGAACCGCUCUAGGCAAACACUUAAGAAACAAUUCUACAGACAGUUACCAGGUACAGCUGGCAACUAUUGCUCCAUCCAUGCCUCUCUUUAAAGUCCAAAAUCACAAAUGACCUUAAGGUCAUCUAAUUUUACUAAUAAGUAAAUGCCCUAUACUGGUGCUAAUGCCAGAUGACUGGCCUCUGCUUGUCCCCAAGCCUCCAUCUUUUCUUGCCCUCUUACCAGUGUUUAACUUCUGAGGAAGACAAGUGAUGCUAAAACCUUAAAUUCCAAUGAAGCCAUAUUAACAGUUGCUCAGUCCCACUUCUAAGACUGAACAUUAAAACAUAGUUCAUGUGCAUUCCUUUCCAGAUACCUAUCAGUAGUUUAUAAGGUUAUGAAGAUUUAACUUUGUAGAUAAAUGUAAAUAACUUGUUUCUUUUAAAUUUCGGGCUUCAACUUUGGAAUUUCACAGUGUGCUGAAAUAGUGGAUUUCUCAAAGGUCUUUUUGCAAGAUAAACAUUAUUACGUAACUUAUUUAUAAAAGUAUUACAAUAAUUCUAAAUUUGAAUUUUAUUGCUAAUUUAACUUACAAAGAUUUUUCUAUGCAUCCAAUGUAACUUACUGCUACUAAACUUAAUUUAAUAUUUACUCUAUAACCAAAUGAAAUAUAUUUAAAAUAUAUUGAAUAUUUUAUAUU